UUUUCUGGAUCAGGUUCAGUGAAGCUAAAAUUUGAAAAUACGAAGCUCCAUGAAGCAAUUAUUUGUGCUGUUUUAAAGGCAUUCCUUAUGAUACUUAUGUUCUACCUGGGAUAGAACUUACACUAAUGGAAGCGGAAUAGCGUAUACCGUAUGCCGUAUGCCGAAACUGUGUCCAACAUCUGUGCGACAAGGAUAGAUAGAACAUAACUUGAUAUGAAAUGAAACAGAACUAUUUUUCUCACUUCUUGGACACACUUAUACGGUUCACUUUGGAGUGAAUCGGGAUUGGACGGCUGGGUGUAAACUAGGUCAUUGUCGAAAACAACAUUAUUUGAACGUGUUACAGUCUUUUAUUCUGUUUAGAAAAAGUAUUAUCAAUACACAAUGAUGCUCAGAAAGAUAUUUCGUCCAAAAAUGUUCCAAAAAAUGGCACGAUCCUUCUCAGCAGCUGCCGAAUCUGCGCAAGGAUAUUCUUUUGAACUAUCUGAUACUCAAAAAGAAAUGCAAGAAGUAGCGCGAAAGUUUACUAGAGAAGAGAUUAUCCCAGUAGCUGCAGAAUAUGAUAGAACAGGAAAAUAUCCAUGGGAUAUUAUUAAAAAGGCAUGGAGUAUUGGUCUUCUAAAUAAAAGCAUUCCACAACAUUGUGGUGGUUUAGAAAGUAGUAUUUUUGAUUCAUGCUUGGUUACUGAAGAAUUGGCUUACGGAUGUACAGGAAUAACAACUGCAAUAGAAACCACAGUUCUUGGACAAACUCCAGUUAUCAUAGCUGGAACAAAGGAACAGCAAAAGAAAUAUCUUGGCAGACUUUUAGAAGAGCCACUUGUUGCGGCAUAUUGUGUUACUGAACCUGCUGCAGGAUCUGACGUGGCAGGUAUCAAAACUAAAGCUGAAAAGAAAGGAAAAGAAUGGAUAAUUAAUGGCACAAAGAUGUGGAUUACAAAUGGUGGUGUUGCCAAUUGGUAUUUUGUUCUGGCAAGAACAAAUCCAGAUCCAAAAGCUCCAGCUAAUAAAGCUUUUACAGGUUUUAUUGUAGAACGUAAAAGUGAUGGCUUAACUCCUGGUCGUAAGGAAAUUAAUAUGGGGCAAAGAGCAAGCGACACACGAAUGAUAACAUUCGAAGACGUUCGUGUUCCUGAAGAGAAUGUAUUGCUUAAAGAAGGAGAAGGUUUUAAAAUAGCUAUGAAGACUUUUACUAGAACACGAUCACCAGUUGCAGCAUCGUCUACUGGUUUGGCCCAGAGAGCUUUGGACGAAGCAACGAAAUAUUCGAUGGAACGCAAAACAUUUGGUAUACCAAUAGCGCAACAUCAAGCAAUAGCUUUUAUGCUAGCUGAUAUGGCUGUUGGCGUUGAAACUUCUAGAUUAGCAUGGAUGAAGGCAGCCUGGGCUGCUGACAAAGAUUUACCGAAUGCUACAUUGCUCGCUAGUAUCGCAAAAUGUUAUAGUGCUGAUGUAGCUAAUAAAUGUGCUACAGACGCUGUACAGGUUUUCGGUGGUGCGGGUUUCAAUUCCGAGUAUCCAGUAGAGAAGCUUAUGCGCGAUGCAAAAAUUUAUCAGAUAUAUGAAGGUACUUCACAGAUUCAAAAGUUGAUUAUAUCGCGUGGUCUCUUUGACGAAGCUAAACAAAAGAGCAGCUAAAUAAUCAUGUGCCAAUUGAGUUAUGAAGAAAAUUUGAAUUAUAAAAUUUAUUUUUAUAAAGAAGUAUUUUUUUUAGUAUUCUUAUUAAAGUUACAAAAUGGUAAACUUAUAUCUACAUCUAACAUAUCAUAUGCAAUGUUUAUACUCUUAGAAUAUGUGCUUAUACUUUUAGAACAUUAUACAUUAAUAUAAGGUAAAAGUUGAAAUUUUUAUACUUAAAUGUGAUUUAUAAAUUUGAAAUAAUUAUUUAAAAAAUAUAUGUCAACUACACAAA